AUGGUUGGUAGAACAGGAGGGAAAAUGUCUAAUGCCGAAAGAGUAGCAAGAUGGAGGCAGAGGCAAAGAGACAGUCCAAGUAAACAUGAAGAGUAUAAAAGAAAAGAAAGAGAGAGGUAUCAACAAAAGAAGAAAAGAGGAGUUGUGAGGUCAAUAAAAGAUAUGACAAAUAGAGAACAGAGAACCAAACGAAAACAGUGGAGGCAAAGUUCGAAUGAAUAUUAUAACAGAAAAAAGAAAAUACUAGGAGCUAUUGAAAACGCACUUACGCCACCAACGUCCCCAGAUGCAAGGCAGGAACAAGUAAAUUAUCAACAACAAGUUGCCAGACAGCUAGGAAGAAAGAAGGUUAGGAAAGAUAGGUCUAAAGCGUAUAGGGAAAUCUUCAGACUGCGUGUGGCUUUAAAAAAAGAAGAAAGGCUAAAGGAAAAGUAUAAGAAAAGAUGGCAGAGACAGAAGAAAAAGUAUUAUAAAAAUAAAGAAGAUGAAGAUGAAAUAAUCAAAGGCCAUGACGGAGGGAAAAAGGGCCCUCUUUUACUUUUUUUACCGUUAUAG